CCGGAAGUGCCCGGAUGUAGCGCGGCGCGCGCGGAGCUGUAGCCGUGAGGAGACUGAGGAGGAGCGGUGAUGGCGGCAGCCGUGGAGACCGGGCAGGAGGAGGAGGGCGGAGAAGAAGAAGAGGAGGGCGACCCGGUUCCUCCUAUUGCAACAACUCCACCCCAUCGUGUCUGGAGGGAGGACUCCUUGAGCCGCAGCAGCAGCAGCGAAACCCAGGCAUCGGUUACCAGUGGGAUCUCUCUAGGAGAAGCAAUACGUCAGAAGACUGCUGUUAAUUGGGGAAUUGAGUCAUGGUAUCAGCUGCCGGCAGAAGUGGAUGCCAGCUGUUUAACUGCUGCCUCGGAGACAAAGCUUGGCCUGACUUAUGAUAGAAAUGACCUGACGGAGUUCCCUACGCUGGAGGAAGGAACGUUGCCUUCAGCAGAAGCAUCCAGAAGGCGAUCUCCUGGAGAUACAGCACAUGGCGUACUGCAGGACAUUCAGAACACUCAAUUCCCCCCCUGUCUUCCACUCUUGAUGUAUUCAACACGAGGCCAGAGAUUUUCAGAUGAGAUGCUUCUCCAGCCAUCAGAAAUGGAUUUUAUUCCCUUAAGAGGAAUCCCCGAUAUUUCUGGUGUGUCUGAGGAGCGUUCGAAGCCAUCUCUCAUUCAUGAAGCUGUGUCAGGCGCAGAAUCUCCCUCCGGUGCACCCAGUGACUGCUUUACUUUGUCCCAGCAUCCUCUCCCCUGCGGACACGUGGGCCCUUGUGAUGCCAGUUGUGGUGGUGGUUUGUCUCAGGAAACAUCUCUUUCUGCACAACUCUUUGUUAACAAAGAUGAAGACUGUGAAGAUGAUACUGAUGAAAAGGUAUCGAUUCCCCAAACAGGUGACAAUUUAGCAAACUCUCCUUCCCAGGUGAUGCUGACCAAGGCAAAGAGUCUAAACCCAAGGGAAUCUCUUCUUGCAAAGCAGAUGUGGAGUCCUUCUGUAAAGGAUGAACAUUUCUCCUGUGACAGUCAUGUACCAGCUACUGAUUUUGAGCUUUCUGAGAAAGAAAAAGGAUUACUGAAGCAUGAUGAGUUCUCAUCUUCUGAGAACUCCUCUUGUAAAACGGCACUGACUAAGUAUUUGGCAAAAAGUGAAAGAGAGGUGCCAAAGGAAAAGGUAAAAAUGACUGAGAGCGAGGUAGAAAGGUGCACAAGGCAGCUGGAGAAGCUGGAGAAAGACGAGAAGGCUCUUGAGCUUCAUUUGUCGAACAAUUUAUCUGAUGACUUGAGGAAAGACCAUUGUAAAAAUUCAGAUGCUGGAGGUGUUUUUUCUGCAAAGCCUUUUGAAACAGGUGAAGGAAUGUCAAGCGAACAUGGAGUGGAUUUAAAUGGCUCUGAAAGCUUGAAGUUGGUGUCUAUUCCUGAAGGACUCCCAGGAGCUUUCCUAGAUCCCCAGCAGAAACAACUGUCUCCUCCAGUGAGACUAGAGAAAGAGGAGUUUCUGUCUCCUGUGACAAGCACCACACCUAAACAACUGGUUGUGACUGGCAUGGAAGCUCCUUCCUGCAGUGAGAAUGCUCCGGUGGAAGCAGAACCCGGAGCAAGCAGGGGUGAAUUAACUAAUUCAGAUUUUUCCAUAGAGAGGGGACAUAAAGUUACAGGCAUUUCCCCUUCAUUUAAUCUUGUAGGUGAUGGCUCAUUCUCUGGACAUCUUGCUCAGCCCAACUAUCAGUCCACUCCAGGGAUAUUUCUAAAGAAAAACGCUAAGGUGGAAGAACUUAGUGUCCUUGUGAUCAAAUCAGAUCUUCACACCUCUCCUUCAUGCUUAAAGGAAGGAACUUCAGGGAACUCAUCUGCCAGCACUCCUGUAUCUGAGAAGCAACCGUCACUCCAACGCGCUCAGAAGGAAAACAAGAAACAUUUUGAGGCUUUAAAGUCGAAAUAUCCCCACACUGGAAGAAUUCAGUCUCUCCCAUCACUUAGUUUCAUGGAGAAGGUACGAGCUUGGAACAUGAGCCAGCUGGAGAUGUCUGAUGCGUUGGCUUCCUGUGACCCAAGUGGAGUUUCUCCUAGAAGGAAAGCCUACAGUGCCAUUGCUUGUUCUUCAAGCAAUAGUUUGCCCAUACGAGAAAGCGGUAGAGAACCCAAAGAUUCUGUUGCUGUUACCCAUAGAAUGACAGGAACAGGUUCACUGGGGAGCUUGUGUUUUCCUAAACAAGACUCACCGCUUAUCCAGCCUCUUACCAGAUCUCAGUCUGACAAUGCAGUGAAUGUGUCCAGUAGGAACAUGUCCUUGCCUGAAGCUGUCCUGCCAGCAAACUCAGCAGAGGCCAUGCAGCCUAUAGGAGAAAAAAGGGACGUUUUAGGAGUGUCUGAAAGUAUUUCAGGAGCCUCCACAAUACAGAAGUUUACAGCUGACAUCAUUCAUGGACCUAGUGGUGGAGAUGCUGAAAGUACAGGACGAAGAUCAGACCGAAAUGUGUUUGUUUCAGGUGGAGUUGUUCAGCUGCUUGAAGAGGAUGGCAACUCUCCAAAUGAUGACCAGGAGAAUUGGGGUGCCCUUGAAAAUCAGUCUCGCAACCUAAAUGCUCCUCCUGGCUGUGUUGGCAUGGACAAAUUUGAUGAUGUCUCACCAGACAGUUUGAAUCUGCCUUUUAGUCUUGGGGAGAGCAGCCAGGGGGAACCGGGCUCAGCAGGGCACUCCUCGGUGGAUUCCAGGCACUUUUCCACCAGCGAGAAAGAGGAGAACUUCAUCCCCAUCAAAACAGCUUCUUUGGAAAGUCCAGUGAAAGAAGAGCUUAAUAUUGAAGAAAGGAUCCCGGUGUAUCUGCGCAACCUUGGCAUUGAUCAGUCACCUGGAACCAUACUGACACCAUUCCUACCCCGAGGACCAAUCAGGGAAGUGGAAUUUUCCCCUUCAGAGCUUCGAACGGUGAAGGACUUCACUGACACAUCGAUGAGGGCUGCUGCAGCGCCACAAGGUGACUUGUUCUCAGCAGCUGAAAUUACCCAGACAAGUUUUAACCCCGGCACUUCCACUCUUAGCAUGUCUGUGUCAAUGAAUUCAGAAGUUGGCUCAGGUGUCCUGUCUCCCCGUGAGCUCUCCCCCUACUUCUCCAGAUCUUUUGGAGAGACACCGGCGAGUCUGUGCCACCAACUGGAAAGGACUGCUUUGCUUUCCACCCAACAGAAGGCAGAUAAACCAAACCGGUGGCUGCAGAGCGUUCCACCUGACUGCCCUGACAGAAGAAGUCCUAUGCUCGUGUCAAAAAGCCUUCAGGAUCUACUAUCUCUAAGUGAGUCCAAAGCUGUGAAUAGCAGCCUGCAGAGAUGGCCUGCUGGUUCUUUGGCUGGAGUUAAAGAUGAAAUAGAAGGUGACAGAGGUCCGCAAGCUUUCAGCGCAGUUAAAAAGAGAAGUAAAGGUCAAGAAAGCGAUUCUUCUGCAGAGCACCAGACCCAACCAGAAACAUGUAAGCUUUUGGCGGAGGGUACAACCAGCAGGUGGUGCGAUUCUGCCUGUUCCACUGUCUCCUGUGAAGAAACUGGUGAGUUGUCUCCAGUGCCAAAGAGAAUGGAAGGUGUCCCUGAAGAUUCUAGGCUGGGGAAAGACAGCAUCCCUCAGUUUCUGUCAUGGGAUCAGGCUACAGCCCAAAGCGUGCAAGAAGAGGGGUUGGAAGUAAAGCCUCUGAAAUAUAACUCGGGCAGUUUAAGAUGGGAAAAGUCUCUCGAUGUCAGCUUACGCCAUAGUGAAGAGAAGAUGAAGGAAGCCACCAGAGAGUUUAGGACAGGAAGAUCUGUAGGAAGGUCGGAGCCAGAAGGCUGUAGCAAUGCAGCUACAGACAGAAACCGGCCUGGGUUGAUGGGUCUUGCACAAAGCACUGGAAGUAUUGAAGUCAACACUGGAAGAAGUUCAGAAAUGGGUAAUCCUUCUGCUUCCAAGCAUCUCAACAGUAUCACCAGUGUCCCAGGAGGCACCCAGAGCUUCUUGUCUAAAGGUGAUGCUACUAGAAGCAGGGCAGGAGGCACGCAAGAGGGAGAUGACAGCAGAAGUGGAGAGACACUCGCUGCCCGUGUCAAAGCCCUUCUGGGGAAUUCUUCUUCCUCAGAGCCUCUAAGCAGUGGCACUGAUGUCACAGGAGGUCUCCCGAGCAUCUUGUCCAAAGUUAGCGCAACCAGAAGUGAGGCAGGAGGCAAGCGAGGCAGCGAUGACAGCAGCAGUGGUGAUUCGGUCGCUGCCCAUGUCAAAAACCUUCUGAGAGAAGGAUUGCCUGGUGGGGUACAAGACACACAAUUUGUGAAGAGUGGAGAUGAAGAGGAGAGGAAAGCACGAGCACGGAUGAAACUAAAACUGGCCAGCCAGUCCCAGGAAUCUCUGUCAGAGCUGAAUGAAGGGAAGCGAGAAAGAGUAGAAGAAAUAAAGGCAGAGCUGCUUUGGACAGCCACGAACUCUGCGUCAGCCAAGGAGCCAUGCGUUCAUGCUUUGGAAGCUGCCUCUGGGUGCAGCCGUGACCAGGAACUGGACAUCAAGGGUUUCGAAGCUCCAAGUGAAAGAAGAUUUCAAAGUGACAACCACAUCCCAACCAUAACAACUAAGGAGGUGAUGGAGUCAAGCUUACAUCAGUCCGAGCCGUUACACAGAGCUGAUCUUUCUGAUUGUUGCCUGACUUUUAAAACUUUGAGUACCGUUCAAACCCCUGUCUGCAACCAACAGCAAACAAUUCCAACAAGUCGUUCUGAUGUUGCUGAACUCCACCCACUGGUGCAGAAAGAAUGGGACACGUUUGCAAUGAGGUCUGCAGCUGCUUCUGAUAUAGCAUCAGAAAGCCAUUUGUCAGCUCGGAAGAAACUCUCUAUGGAGAAGUGUUGUGAAGAUGUGGCGAAGCAAAUCACUUCGAUCACUUUUUCAUCCCGAAAACGUCUGGGGUCACCAUUGACCUCCAUGGCACUCAGCUCUAGUCUUACUGGAGAUGAUCUUGAUGGGAUAAUGCCUUUGGAGGUUGACUCUGCUAGCACUGAGGAACAGAGCCAUGGCAAACAACACUUAGAAAGAUCUAAGACCUGUCUUCUGAGUCCAGUUCUUGCUGGCUCGGUGGCUGAUGAGAUAGUUUAUGCUGGUGAGAAGGACAGGUUUCAUCCUGUCUCUGCUGACAGUAACAGAGUUGGAGCUUAUCAAGGAACAGACUGCUUGUCAGAUCAGCAUUCCGUAAGCGUUCAUGCUGAUAAAAUACAGACCCUUAGUGCAAAAUAUUCUGAAGUUUCCCCUCAAGAUGUGACUGAAUUGGGCAGGCGUAGUGCCAGGCUCACAGGGCUUGACUGUGAUGCAAGAUUCAGCCAAGAAAUGAAUCGAUUUAAUGAAUCUCGUGCUGUAAGCUCUUACCAGCAGGAGAACAGCAGCUCAUGUGGCCACGUCCGCUUAUGUGAGAGCUUAGAAGGUUUGGGUCCAGCUGUACAAAGCGAAUUGCUAAAGGGCCAUGUUAAGGUGUUGAAAGAAGAGAAGGAAAGUCCUCCUGAUGAAGUAGCUCCUGUUCAGAUAGAGACUGUGAGAGAGCAAAUCCAUUCAUCUCGCCAUGCAUCUGCGGAUGCGAUUUUAUCCACCACGUCUGCAUCUCCUUCAUCACGAACUAAGAAAGUCCUGUCUUGUGUCCACAUAACUCUUUCCUCAAAGAGUGAUAACUCAGAGCUGCAGAGUGAUGCAAACACUGAAACUGAGAUGAGAUCACGGGAUAAACCUGAUGUUAAUACUCAACCGAUGCUUUUAAAAACUCCAGAAACUCUAACAACUGUUUCGAAAUUGUCACCUGCUGACCUUGUUCCAGGAGAUCAGAGAUCUUUGUCUUGCCCAGUGACAGUGUCUUCAGCAGGUGCCUGCCCAGUGUUUUCCUCUCUUACCGGAACAGCAGGGCAAGAGCUGCCUCUGCAAAGCACUGAGAGAUUACAAGACCCUGUUCCAGGUUCAAGGGGGUUUAAUCUGAACAACAUCGUCAACUCUGUAGUUCCUACAAACACUGGGAAAAACACUUCCGAUGCUGCCACUCAGAUAACAACUGAAAGUCCUGGAAAAACCACCUUUUCAGCAGAGAUAUAUGUUAAUUCACAGGACGAUGAAAAUGCUGCCCAGCAGUUGUCUCUCCAGAAAACAUGUGAACUUUCUAACCUCCCAACAUUAUCUCUUAACAAGAUUCCCUCUUUCCCAAGGCAAGAUCAGCCCUUGUUGCUGCCGUAUAAACCUUCUGGAAGUACUGGGAUGUAUUAUGUUCCUUAUCUAAAGGCAGGAGCAAAAACUUCUCCUGUUGGGUCAGAAACCAGCGCUGAGAGCUCUCACUCAGCAGGGCCAAACGAUGCCCCUCCUCGAAGGGUUUUGGAGAGUGUCCUUGGUUUAAGGGAUGAUGAUCCUCGAGGCAGUACAGCUAUUGAGGAUAAAGAAGGAAUCUACAGCAAGAGGGCCAAGCCCAAGCUGGCCUGGGCUGAGGAGCAAAUGGGACCGCUGGAAGCCUUACCAGAACACAGAGAUCACUCCAAGUCUGUGAAAAACACUCAUUCAGUCUUUGGAUCUGCACAGUUCUACCUUCAUCAGCCAAUGCCCAGAUGCGAGAGCUUCUUCCUGUCUAACAGCGAGCUGUCAGAGGACGGUUCUGGUAUUGGACACACUAGACCUUCCUCGAGGGCUGUCCUGCCGAAUUGGAAAACUGCACAUCGUCAUCAGCGUGUUUUCUCUGUUCACCAUAAAAAAGAUGGUGAAAACAAGUUCUUCCCACUCACUGCAGAAGCAGAUUACAGCAGGAAUGAGGAUCUGAAUGUUAGCACAUCUUUGGGGAAUGAAACAUCAGGGAAGGAGCAUGGCAGAAGAGAAGCAGAACAAAGGGCAGGUAGAAAUUGUUUGCUUUGUAGCCAAACAACUCACCUUCAUGAGAAGAUGGAGAAAGACCUACCACCAAGACAGAGAACACACUCCAGUGCUAGCUUAGAUGAACUCUGGAUUAAGUUCUUGGACCGCCAGAAAAGACACCAGCACCAUGAUUUUCGGAGUAAUGGUGAACUGUCUCUUGUUGAACGCCUUGAUCGAUUGGCCAGGGUCCUUCAGAAUCCCAUUAAACACACACUGAUACCACCAAGGUCUGUAAUGAAUGUGUCUGAAGAGGAAACGAAGGGAAGAGAGCAGAAGAAAAUAAGACUCGCUGAAAAGAGUAUGUCUGAAAGUACCUUCAAGCGUAACGCAACACAGGUUGAAGAAAGGCCACAUAUCGCCUGUGGUAAAAAUAGCUUUGUAGAGCUCAGGAAAAACAGCUCAGGAGAAAAAGCUCUCUACCACAUGAAUAAAGUUUUGGAGCACCAGCAGUGCUUGGAAACUCCUAGUGACACUUCCUCAGAGAUGAGGCUUAGUAGGGAUCAUGGCACCACAAUGAGUUCUACCAUCUCAGAAUCAGAUGCAGCAACCCCUAUGGAGCUGGGAACUGCUACUCCGACCGAGGUGAGCAGCUCCAUUUCCACCAUAGACACAGCCAGGCUGAUCAGGGCUUUUGGCCGGGAAAGAGUGUCGCCAAGACUUUCCCAGCUUUAUGAGACCAUCAACCGCCAGAAAAGUUGCUCGGAAGAGUGGGACAAGAAAAGCGGAAAAGCUGUGGGUGUAGAAUAUCUCAAGGUUGCUUCUGAGAGACACAGGAAAAGGAAAGAGAUCCAGAGGUCAAUAUCCAUUCUAUCAGAUUCAACUUCCGCAAGCAGCAGUUCUUGGGGGCCAAGCUCUGCUCUUACUACCAAGCGACGGACACGGAUGCUAAGCAAAGGUAUCCAGACAGGAGACUUGGAGAUUGUGAACAGUGCCACUAAGAAAAACACUCGAGAUGUUGGUGUGACUUUUCCUACUCCGAGACCCAGCCAGCCAAAUCAGCGGCCCCAGGAACCUUGGCACCGCGUUGAUGGUAUUUUGGGAAAGUCAGAUGGUGUGGUCACAGAUCAUCGGGCAGCGGGAAGCAAGGGGAUUUCAUGGUUUGUCCAAGCAGAACACAGGAAAUCUGAAUCUCAUAAAGAAAACCAGUCCAGGUCCUUUUCUGGUCCUGGUCCCUCUUGGUUUGAACCAUUGACCAGCACAAAGCCGUGGAGAGAGCCUCUCCGAGAGAAGAAUUGGCAAGAGCAGCAACACCACAACAUGAUUCAUCAAGCAGUGCCAGAAAGAGAUGCUGAAAAAGGGACCUUGCGGCCAUUUGUGAGGCUCACGCUACAGGAGGCUCUUGCAGUGCAUCGCCCCGAUUUCCUCUCUCGCUCUGGAGAGCGCGUGAAGCAUCUCAAGCUUGUCAUUGAGGAAAGGAGGAUGCAGAACGUACUGCAGGCCGAGCGAGAAGAGCUGUUUAAUCCUCCAGGGAAAAGAAAGGGCUACAUGAAUGCAAAUCAUCUGCUGUCCGACAGAGGUUUUCUGAUUAAAGAAAAGGGAAGAACAAUUCCGAAGAGUGAAAUGGUUCAAAGAUCUAAACGGAUCUAUGAGCAGCUGCCAGAGGUGCAAAAGAAGCGAGAGGAAGAGAAGAGAAAAAUGGAAUACAACUCGUACCGCCUCAAAGCACAGCUUUACAAAGCGAAAAUCACCAACCAGGUCUUAGGGAGGAAGGUGCCUUGGAACUGAUAAAGAUCUGCUGUUCAAGCGAAGGUGCCUCGUGCUUCGAAACCAUGCAGCACCGAGGAGGCUGUGAUCUGUAAACGAUAUUGCAGUAAAUACUUGUGUCGUGUCUGUUCACUUGUGUCAUUUUUGUACUCAGAUAAUCUUGCCCUAUUUAAGAAUCAAUGAUCUGAUGGAAAUGAUGAGUUUUGAAAUAAAUGCCUGAUUUUUGUAGUGCUAUUGAGUUAAGUUUGGGGGAAGAACUCGGAUCAUGAUGUGUUUAUAACCACCUGACUGGAGCAGCAGUUUUAUAUAUUUAUUUUUAAUAGUUUUUAACAAUGAUUUCUAUUUUUUUAUUUCAAUGUAGAAAAUUUAUUUGUAAUGUUUUGUACUGGAAAAAAGUCCUUAAAUAAAUA